UUACAAUAACGGCCCUUGAAUUGUAUGACUGUUACGUUUUUUUUGCCUAUUCUUUUCCUAUUGUUUUACGUCCAAGUCACGUGACUUUCAAGAUUCCGGCCGUGAGAACAAAAAACAUGGCGGACAUUUCUCUCAUUUUUUGUGAAAAAAUCAAUAUUUUGAGUUAGUUUCUGCAUAAAAAUAAGUUUUGAUUACAUUUCUAGCGAGAAAUAUAUAUUUUAUUUUCAUAAUAUUCACUCAGUGAAUGUACACAAUCACUCGCUUGCUCGUUGUUGUGAAGAUUUUUCAGAUCUCGCCAGAAUAAUGUGAAACUGCAACGUUUUGGUUGCUAUGGACGCUGCUAUCGGUGGAUGGAUGGAUGGAUGGAUGAUUUCGCUCCGUCUGACGGAUCAAACCCUCGCCCACUAUAUGCGUUGCGUCUGAGGUUGAUUUGCUGAUCAACACAUUAAUCCAUGGCAGCGGGAGAAACUAAUGUUGACAAAGUGUUGACACGUCAAGGCCCCACGAAGAAGAAGAAGAAGUAGAAGAAAAAGAAGAAACGAGGGAAAAGAAGCAGGAAAAGUUAAACAAGGAGGAAAAGGAAGCGUGGAAAAAUAACUUGACCAAGCUGAAAAUGAAUCACCUUGACCCCCAAGAUGCCAUAUUCCUGGUUGAUGCGUUCCUGGAUGAGUGCAAGGUGGAUCAGCAUGGACAAACUAAAGGGGGGUCAAAACAAUCCACAAAGCUGUGUGUUUGGCUUGAUGAGGACAAAAAUGGUCAACCUUUGCCAAAAAGAUGUAGAGCUGGGGAGAAACGAAAGCGAGAUUCAGCUUCUGUUUCUUCAGCAAGCGUUAAAAGUGUGUCCUGUGCUCCAUCUACCAGCACAACUGAAGACACUGUGAUCAUCGAAAAUUUUGUUUUUUUCCCUUAAUACUUGUUUCCUCAUUUGUUAUGUGGUAACUGCCCAGAUUUACCAUUGCCUUCUUCAUUUUCAGACUCCCUCAUUCAAGAUGUCCGAGACCUCUUGGGAAGUGGUGCUGAACAACCUUUCCCCUCAGACUGGAGGAACAGGCAAACUACCUCUCUGGAGAAUUGGACAGUAAUGAGGCCCUUUAUGGUGAACAAUAUGUUGUCAUCUGAGAAGCCCAAGGAGGGGGUUUGCCAUCAUUGUGGACACAAGGCUGCUGUUAAUUAAGUUUCGCACAGACAUGCUAACAAUCCAGGCAAGUGGCUGGAACAAGCGAAAGGCAGAAAACCUUGACCGGACACUGGCCAAAAGAUACAUCAAGACUGUACAAAGGAUUGCAGAGGCAACAAAGGACUUGGAGAAACUCACAGCUGAGUUAUCUCUACAGCAAGACACAGUCCAGCAGUGGGUGUCUGAUGUUCAGCAGUGGACCUCAGGAGCAACAAUCCAAAAUGACCUGCAGAGGACCAUCGAGGGGCUAUAUUUGGGUAUCAAACAGCGAAAAUUUCAGCUGUAUCGUCAGUCUGGUGGGAACAAGCGAAGGCAUCAACUGAGAAGAAAGAUUGCUGUUGAGAAGAAAGCCUUGGAAGUUGCCAUCAAUGACCACAAUGCUACUGUUGGGGAAGUUGAAAAACUGCCUCCUCCCAAUGAACUCCUGGAUGUGGACAACUACUCCUGGCCAUGGGAAUGUCAUGGUGAUAUGGAGCGGAAAAAAAAAUUUUUUGACAAGGUAAUGCUGCUGGCUAGACUGAAAGAAGAAGAAUUUAUUGUGGUUCGCGAAGUCAAGCAGCACAUGGAGUACAUGAGGAGUGUUGCUGGACUGAUUGAAGAGUUUACCUUUCAGCUCACUGGAGACACCAAUGGGAAAUGCAGUACAGAGGGCUUAAUGGAGAAAGGACGUGAGGGACUACUCUGUGUGCUGAAGAGAAGAUUGUGUGAAGUUGAAGCACAACUGGCUACAGCACGCACAACAUACAAAAGUAUUCUUGGACUGCAAACAUUGCCCUUAGAUGACUUUUCUGAAGAGGAAGACUCAGAGAAUACUUCCUCAACUGAUGAGGAACUGGGAGAGUAGUUAUUAGAGAGAUGAUGUGUAUGACUCUAAGAAGAUGUCGUCACAUUGUGUUGAACCCAAACGUCAGUGCUGUAAUAACUUGUCUGUGCUUGUUUGUAUAUAUUGUACCUACUGUUGUUUACAUUACCUAUUGUAUUGUUACUCUCUCCAACAGUGUGCUAUUCCAGCUUAUGUUUCCACAUGUUAGUAUAUUAAUACUUUCACUCACUCACACGCACACACACUCACACACGCGCACACACACUCACACACGCGCACACACACACACACACUCUCACACACGCACACUCUCACACACACUCUCACUCUCUCGUUCACACAGUCUCACACACGUACGCGCGCGCACACACACACACACCCCUACCUAUCUGAAAAAAUAGUCUUUAUUUUGAACAGGGCAUAGUCUCUUAGCUCUAGAAAGCCUACUUUAUUAAUUUCACCCAGUAAAGUGAACUGUUGUUUCAA